UGGUUCUUGGCUGGAUCAGGGGGGCUUUCAAACAAGAUUAGGUCAAGGGUAUAAACUAAGACUGGGUUGGGAGUUUAAAUAGAAUUGGAUACUUUAGGCUGUAGUGGGUCAGGAUUUUGAAUCAGAAAUAACUGUAUGAGAGUCCAUACAGAGUUGAACUACUGUUGGUUUAUCAGAAGAAAAUGUGCUAUCUUUCUGCUGAGCCCCUUUACUCGCUCUGUCCACCAUCUUGUUCUUUUCACUCCCUGGAUCAUAAAACUUAAAAAUUUUAAACAAAAACUACAAAACUACAAACACGCAUAGAAACGCGCUGACGUCAGAGCCGUACGUCACUGUAGAGGAAUGUGCGGAAACUUCUAUGUACUUUUCUGUGUGCGCUGUCCGUCGAAGAUAAAGGCUCCGGAGGCGUAAAAAGUUGGGAAAAGUAUCGGAAAGUUCGGAGCUUCCUGCUGGUACGAGUAAGCUCCACAUGGAGGCUCCUGUGUUCUCUGUUGGGCUAUUUCCUGUCGGUGGUUCCCUGACAGAUGACAUGCAGGGUGACAUGCCCAAAAACACACUACCAGCCCCUCAGCUUGUGAUGCUGGCUAAUGUGGCGGCAGAAACAGCACCAGAGAACGGUGGCGACGGCGAUGACAGCGUAGCAGAUGAAAAAGAAAUGAUGGAGCUGCAAACAGUGGGAUCCAGCUACUCGGACAGUGAAGAUGAGGGUGUCAUCAGGUACAGCUACGACAGCCAAAGCAAUCGGGAGGUGUGCAUUGUUGAGUAUCCAGAGACUCCGAGCCCCUCUGUCGAACCCGUUCCUCUUGAAGACCAGCCCAAACCUUCUAAAUCCCCCACCUCAACCUCUACCGGCACUAAAACAUCUUCCCACAGUGCCAAAUGUAAAAAUGGCACUCCUGUUGGCGCAGAGGGCACACAGAAGAAGAAGCUGUUCUGCUGCAAGCCUUGUCACUUCCAGGCUCGGAACGAGCAGGAAUUUGUGGAGCACCUGAGCACACACAGCGCUAGCAAGAUGAUGGUGGUCAACCAGGUGGAGGGGAGGAGCAAGAGUAAAGCCAAGGAAGGAGAGACACCUGAGGCUCAGACAGGUGAGCAGGAAGAGGGCAGCAGUGAGGCGGCUGUGGAAGAUGUCAAAGGUCUGAUCAGGUGUGAGCGCUGCGGCUACAACACAAACCGCUAUGAUCACUACAUCGCUCACCUGAAACACCACAGCAAAGAGGGCGACGACCACAGGGUGUUCAAGUGCACAUUGUGUGCCUACACCACUGUCAGUCAUUAUCACUGGAGGAAACACCUGAGGAAUCAUUUCCCCAGCAAACUGCACACCUGCAACCAGUGUUCCUACUUCUCCGACCGCAAAAGCAACUACAUCCAGCACAUCCGGACACACACAGGUGUACGUCCCUUCCAGUGUCUCUACUGUGACUACUCAAGUUCUCAGAAGACUCACCUCACACGACACAUGAGGACUCACUCGGGUGAACGUCCUUUCAAGUGUGACAGCUGCAGCUACCUGGCUGCAAAUCAGCACGAGGUCACGCGUCACGCUCGCCAGGUCCACAAUGGUCCCAAACCUCUUUCCUGUCCAUACUGUGAGUACAAGUCAGCUGACCGCAGCAAUUUUAAGAAGCACGUGGAGCUCCACCUGAACCCUCGGCAGUUCCUCUGCCCACUCUGCAAGUAUGCUGCCUCCAAGAAAUGCAACCUGCAGUAUCACAUCAAAUCUCGUCACUCUGGCUGUGACGUGGCCCUGGAUGUUUCCAAAGUCAAGCUGCGCAUCAAGAAAUCCUGUUCUGAAAGUGCAGAUGAAAACUCUGACUCAAAGAAAAGUAAGAUGGACUGCCCAUUGAACAUGGAAGAAGAUACGGACCAGGAUGAGGAUAAGGACUCAAGCCCCAUCAAUCUGUCUGUCAGGAAGCGCAACUCUGACCAACCAUCACAGACCCAGACUCCUAACAAGACAACAAAGACCCUGAAUGGCAAAUCUGAAAAAGACAACCCUACAAAGAGGAAGGUGCCUGAGAAAAGGGUCACAACGAGGCAGAAGAAGAUGAAAAACUCUGUGGAGAUCAGAGGCGAUAAACAGGUCCAGCCAGAAGCUACUGGAAGUACCGACAGCCAGGCUAAGAAACGAGUCAAGAAGCUUCUCACUGAGAAGACAGCUGUCCAGGACCAAACGGAGGAAUCUAACUCUGUUAAACAGCAAAUUGAGACAGAGACUUCUGACCCACAACCACCAGAAGGAGCUGUAAAGGAACUGAAGACGAGGCCUGAGAGGAAGAAAGCAGCUGAGAAGAAUGGGAACAAAAGUCUCACGAAGGCCAGGAAAUCUGGUUCAAAGGGAUCGCAGAAGACUCCAGAACCUGCUGAAGAAGUUUCCGUGAAACCCAACAGUCCUGAGAGUAGCAGGAAAGUGGGGAGGGGCAAAGACAAACCUGCAAAGAGAAAAGGAGUGGAAGCUUUGGACCUUUCCCAACAGUCCUCUAAGACCAAGCGCCUGAAAGCCGUUGCUAGUGAAAAUCUGCUGUCCAAAUCCGUCGACACCAUGACAAAGCAGUCCAGUUCAACCGAAAAGUCCAACUGCAGGAUGCUGCCUGUCAAUAAGAGAAAUACUAGAACCUCCAGCAAGAAAGCUUCUGGUCUGCAGCCAGCUGUGGAGCCAAAGAAUGACCAAAUGACAUCCAUUACUGGUGUGUCAGUUCCACAAACCGCUAAAGCUGAGUCGACGGGGACCGGUCCUGUUCAAGCAGGUUCCUCCACAGAUCAGCCAGCUCCACCUGAGCUUGAUCCACAUCCCUCCAAGCAGACCAAGGCUCUGCCACCCAGCAGCUCCAGAGAGGACAUGCCGUCUGAUGACUUGUCUGAUCCCGCCUUCCUCAAACCCUCACCUCCACCUCCGCUGCUGCUUUCAGGUCAGCGCAGCAAACCAGCCGACCACGAGGAUGACGAGGGCAUUCACAGCAGCCACGAAGGAGGAAGUGACAUCAGUGACAGCGCGUCUGAGGGCAGUGAUGACUCUGGCCUUAAUGGUAAUGGUGCUGGUCCAGCCAGGUCAGCCAGCGACCCUGAAACACCCACCGAUGAGAUUCCAACGCCGACAGAACUCAAAAGUCACUUGUGCAUCUUCUGCGACCGCACCUUUCUGGCAGAGGCAGAGUACCGCCGCCACUUGAACCGACACCUGGUCAACGUCUACUUCCUGGAAGCCACAGCAGCACGCUGACUCCAACUUGUUGAGCAAUUUGGACCAAACAUUGGAACACCUACAGGAAGGGAUUAAGAACUUACUGGAUUUACUGCUCAAUCCGAUCAUUUGGAACACUUUUCCAAAUUAACUUUUAAAAACAUUCAACUUUUUUAAUGGCAACAGGAGAUAAAUUCAGUCUGAUGCCAAAGACAUUUUCUCAGUUGCAGACGGUCAAACUGGAAAGUCCCAGCAACAACUGGGACUUCACACCGUGUACUAUGAGGAACGGUUGUGGGUCGUUUGAGACCUUCAGUUUCUGUGACAAUCAGUUUAUUCUUAACUUUUUAUUAAGCUUUUCAGGCAGUUGAGAUCAAUCUGAGUGGUUUUCUUCAGAGAUGAUAAGAUGACGGUGAUGAUGAAAUCUUUGGGCUUUUCUCUAGUAUCACAUUUAAAUAUUUCAGUGCAAUACACCAUGUAGUCAAGAUGCCAAAGUGUUUUUGUUUGAGAUGAUGAAACAGAGGUGAAUAAACCUCCAUCAGAUGCUAGUUGUCAGUGUGCACCCUGCUUAGCUUAGAUGUUUUUCUUUGUUGUCCUGCAGCUGCUUCACAUCAGUUUCAAUUUCUGCAGAUGAUCAAGGAAAUCUGAGCACAUUUUAUAUCAGUCACAAGCUAACUUCAGUUUUGUCAUCCUCCCCUUUAUUAAUAAAACAUUUACUCGCGUACUUCCAUCA